GCUGUGCUCGCUGGAGAGCUGGCUCAGUGGAUAAAGUCCUUGGGGCUUGAGGGCCUGGUUCCAAAUCUCCAGAACCCAAGAAAGGCCAGUUAUGCUCUUAUCACGGGCUCUUAUCAUGGGCUCUUAUCACGGGCUCUUAUCAUGGGAUAGGAGGGAGAGGCAGAUGAAUGUCAGGGCAGCUAGCUAAUGUGGCAACUCUGAGGAAGCGGAUAAAGAGCAUUGUUCACACACAAUGGGGUGCUAAUAAGAAAAAAAAUAAAUAAAAGAAUUUCAGUGCUGAUUGGUGCUCCGCUGUCAACAGCUGUACAAAACACGCUUCAAGAGGAGAGCCAGAUGUGGCACUCACAGAUUGUAUGAUUCUGUCCCUGUGAAGUGCGCAGUAAGUCCAGAGAAAAAGGAGCGUGCUGUUGCCAACGGUGGGGAGCGGGCUUGGAAGGAACACCCUUGGGCACUCCUCAGUCAUUGUUAGGAAACGCCACCUCUCUCUCCUAGGAGGUUUUUCACCUGGCUAACAGACUCCAUCCAGUGAUCACCUGUGGAGCUGCUGAACUCCGGACUUGCUAAAAGCUGAUGUUAACCAGUCCAACUGAUGUGAUGGCUCCUCGUCUUUCAUCUGGAUAAAGCUAAGCUUCCAGAGGGAGGCGCUGUGAUGGUGGUGGUGGUCGUGUACGAAGGCGUCAUCUAUGAGGACAAGGAAGGAGACUUAGGAGAGCAGACUCCAGAAGAAGACACUCCCCUCUUGCAUACAGCACUAGGGUGCAUUAGAGGUCCAAUCCCUUCUCCAGGGUCUGGCUUAAUUAAGGCUUGGUGGAAGAGGAAGUGAGCAGAAACUGUAGAGACUGGUUGUCAAACCUCGAGGUGAAGGGGUGAACCCCUUACAUCACUGCAAGCCAAAGAAAGCCUCACAUGUACGCAUAAAGGUCAUCGAGUUCCUGUAGGGUGAUGAGACACCUCUGAAAGGAUCCUAUACUUCAAAUCGCAGUUGCCAUCAGGGAACUGAAGAGGCCUUGGCUGCUAUACUGUGCGGAUGGAUGCAGAGAAGGCUCAGUGGGGAAAAGUGCCUACUGAGGGAGUGUGAGAACCUGAGUUCAAAUCCAUAGAAACCACUUUAAAAAGCCAGCAACAGUGGCAGAAGACUCUGGACUUGUACAGAAAGGGGAGGUGGAGACAGGAGAUUCCCAGAAGCCAAUCAGCUAACCUGGCACACACAAUGGAAAAACAGACUGUCUCCAAAAAACAACAGCAGCAAAACCCCACAAAAGGCAGAAGGAGAGUCUUCAUCUGUACUGAGCUGGAACUGCGCCCCCAUCCUGCCGCCACCUGGUGGUCACAGAGGACAAAGCACUUAUGUAGUGCCUUCUGCCGAAGGACUUAAUUCACUGGGUCCCUGAAUAAAUUCCCUGAAGCCUAAUUCGGAAAGAGGUUCUCUUUAUGAUCUCCAGGACGCUGAGGAUCUGCACUGUCUCCAGUGUGGCUCUCCCUGAGACUCAACCCAAAAAGCCAGAAGUCAGAUGCCAGGAGAAGACACAGAGAACCCUGGUGUCCAGCUGCUGUCUCCAUAUCUGUCGGAGCAUCAGAGGACUGUGGGGGACAACGCUGACUGAGAACACAGCCGAGAACAGGGAGCUUUAUGUCAAGACCACCCUGAGGGAGCUUGUGGUAUACAUAGUGUUCCUCGUGGACAUCUGUCUGUUGACCUACGGAAUGACAAGUUCUAGUGCCUAUUACUACACCAAAGUGAUGUCUGAAUUGUUCCUACACACCCCAUCCGACUCUGGAGUCUCCUUCCAAACCAUCAGCAGCAUGUCAGACUUCUGGGAUUUUGCUCAGGGCCCACUCCUGGACAGUUUGUACUGGACAAAGUGGUACAACAACCAGAGCCUGGGGCGUGGCUCCCACUCCUUCAUCUACUAUGAGAACCUGCUCCUGGGAGCCCCAAGGUUGCGGCAGCUGCGCGUGCGCAAUGACUCCUGUGUGGUUCAUGAAGACUUCCGGGAGGACAUUUUGAACUGUUAUGAUGUGUACUCGCCGGACAAAGAAGAUCAGCUCCCCUUUGGACCUCAGAACGGCACAGCGUGGACAUACCAUUCCCAGAAUGAGCUGGGUGGCUCCUCCCACUGGGGCAGGCUCACAAGCUACAGCGGGGGUGGCUACUACUUGGAUCUUCCAGGAUCCCGACAAGCCAGUGCAGAGGCCCUCCAAGGACUCCAGGAGGGACUGUGGCUGGACAGGGGCACUCGGGUGGUCUUUAUCGACUUCUCCGUCUACAAUGCCAACAUCAAUCUUUUCUGUAUUCUGAGACUGGUGGUAGAGUUUCCAGCCACAGGAGGGACCAUCCCAUCCUGGCAGAUCCGCACAGUUAAGCUGAUCCGCUAUGUGAAUAACUGGGACUUCUUCAUUGUGGGCUGUGAAGUUGUCUUCUGUGUCUUCAUCUUCUAUUAUGUGGUGGAGGAAAUCCUGGAAAUCCACCUGCAUCGGCUUCGCUACCUCAGCAGCGUCUGGAACAUUCUGGACCUGGUGGUCAUCUUGCUCUCCAUCGUGGCUGUGGGUUUCCACAUAUUCCGAACCCUGGAAGUGAACCGACUGAUGGGAAAGCUUCUGCAACAGCCAGACACGUAUGCAGACUUUGAGUUCCUGGCCUUCUGGCAGACUCAGUACAAUAACAUGAACGCGGUCAACCUUUUCUUUGCUUGGAUCAAGAUAUUCAAGUAUAUCAGCUUCAACAAGACCAUGACACAGCUCUCCUCCACCCUGGCUCGCUGUGCCAAGGACAUCCUGGGCUUUGCCAUCAUGUUCUUCAUUGUCUUCUUCGCUUACGCCCAGCUUGGCUACCUGCUUUUUGGGACCCAAGUGGAAAACUUUAGCACUUUCGUCAAGUGCAUUUUCACUCAGUUCCGGAUAAUCCUUGGGGAUUUUGACUACAAUGCCAUCGACAAUGCCAACAGAAUCCUGGGCCCUGUGUACUUUGUCACCUAUGUCUUCUUCGUCUUCUUCGUGCUCCUGAACAUGUUCCUGGCCAUCAUCAACGACACAUACUCCGAGGUCAAGGAGGAGCUGGCUGGCCAGAAGGAUCAGUUGCAGCUUUCUGACUUCCUGAAACAGAGCUACAACAAGACCCUACUAAGGCUGCGCCUGAGGAAAGAGCGGGUUUCUGAUGUGCAGAAGGUCCUGAAGGGUGGGGAACCAGAGAUCCAGUUUGAAGAUUUCACCAGCACCUUGAGGGAACUGGGGCACGAGGAGCACGAGAUCACCGCUGCCUUCACCAGGUUUGAUCAGGAUGGGGACCACAUACUGGAUGAGGAGGAGCAGGAACAGAUGCGGCAGGGACUGGAAGAGGAGAGGGUGACCCUCAAUGCUGAGAUUGAGAACCUAGGCCGGUCUGUUGGACACAGCCCCCCAGGCGAAUUGGGCGCGGAGGCUGCCAGAGGACAAAGCUGGGUUUCUGGAGAAGAAUUCGACAUGCUCACAAGGAGAGUUCUGCAGCUGCAGUGUGUUCUGGAAGGAGUUGUGUCCCAGAUUGAUGCUGUAGGCUCAAAGCUGAAGAUGCUGGAGAGGAAAGGGGAGCUGGCUCCCUCCCCAGGAAUGGGGGAACCAGCUGUUUGGGAGAACCUGUAUAAUCCGUCCUAGGUGUCACUCCAGCUCCCUGGGAGUUCAGGGUGGACAGGAGGAUGGAAAAGGGGUCCUAAAGCAACAGACAGCAAAUUCUUCUCUCUAUGCCUCCCCCACAAGCCUCAUCUCCAUCUCCAUCCUCAUCCUUUCUAGGGCAGCAUGUUUCAUGAUGGCUGCUAUGAAGUUCCCCCUGUAUCUGGCCUUUUCAGCCGAUGUUUUUGUGUGUAGCUGGGCAGCAUGCUUAGACUUGUCCCUUGGUGUUUCUUUAUGGAGUUGCACAGCUCUGUGAAGUAGCAUUUCCUACCAGGCCCCUCUCUUCCUGGGCACUUACUUCUGCCAGAGUUGAUUGACAUCAACAACAAACAAGAAAAAGGAGCAGAUGGGAAUGACUCUCCGGAAGACCUCAGACAACCACGAUUAGUUAACAGGUAGAAGUCCAAAGAGUGGGCGAUGGAUGUCUUCCUACGUUCCAGUAACUCUUACCCUUUGUGUGCAUCACGAUAUCUGCCACUGGCAGGCAUGGUUGUGUGUAGGAGGCCUUCCCUUUCUUUCCUCAUGGGGUUUCCCUGUAAAAGAGAAAAGGAAGCUGUAGUGGAAAGAAGAUUUUUGUGUGGUGAGAUUCCAACAGAGGAGUUAAGAGUGACCCCCUCCAAAGGUGAAGUCAGUGAAUUCUGGAGGAGCCUGCCUUCUGGUUCUUAUGUUCCAGCGACUAGCUGGAACUGAGGGGACUUCAAACCUGGAAUCAAACAAAACCUGAAGGAAUCAAGCCAGAAAGGCUAUCAGGAUUCAUUGAUCUUUUGGACUAAUAUGUGGUGGUCUCUGGCUCUCUUCGUCAUAGGACAAUGUGAGGUUCCAAGGUGAUUAGCAAUAAAAUUCUUUAGAAAACCA